ACAGCUUACAAGAACUCUGCACAGACAUGGUUUGCCAUUGAGUUGCGUGAUUGUAACAAUUGUUAUAUUUGAAUUGCAGAUUCCUAACAUUCGAUUUAAAUACCACGUCUGAAAUAUAAAACAAAAACUCCGAUUACAAAUAAUAAUUUGCAGCUGUCGUUUAUUGCAAAUGUGACUUGCAUCUUCAUUCUCUUCAGUGUCGUCUUUUGCAAGGCUUUUUAGGCUGCAUGAUAUGCAGUCGCUUUUUUUUUCUCGUGUUAGGUGCUGAAAAGCAGCCAGCAAUCUGCACAGUCCAUCCAACCUCCCCCCGUCCCCUUUCGCGCACGCACACACACACACACACACACACACAGACUCAGUAGCAGGAAGGCUGGUUGAAACUCAGAGUUAAGAGAACGAUAGGCAGCAUCAGUGGAUUUAAACACACCCAAAUGAGAGAGAGAGAGAGAGAGAGAGAGAGAGAGAGAGAGAGAGAGAGAGAGAGAGAGAGAGAGAGAGAGAGAAUGAAAACACAUCAUGGAUGUUUCACUAAAAAACCAGCAUAAUGACAUUUCGAGAAGGAUAUUUCUGUCAACAAGGACGUAAUGUGGUAACGUACUGCAACACUUUUCAUGUUGCGGAACGAGAAAAGAUAUUACAAGCUAAAAAGACGGAAAGCUUUUUUUAAAAUUUUUAAUCCGUCUGCGCUUGAUUUAGAAAGCAAUGUCUCUUGCAAGGAUAUGUAACAGCAGACCGAAGCAUGUGUCAGCUUAUUUUAUAUUGUUGUUUUUUGGGGGCCUAGCAACGGGGCAGGUUCGGUAUUCUAUUCCCGAAGAAUUGGAACAGGGGGCCUAUGUUGGAGAUAUUGUGAAAGACUUGGGGCUUGAUCUCGGGAGACUGCUCACCCGAAGCGUUAAGAUAACCUCUAGCAACAGCAAGCAGUAUCUGGAUAUUAAUCUCAGCAACGGGAACUUGUUUGUUAACGACAGGAUAGACAGAGAGACUCUCUGUGAACUCCGCAGCUUGUGCUUAUUACAUUUCGAGGUGGUGGUGGAAAACCCGUUGGAAGUUUACAAUGUUGAAGUGGAAAUAUUAGACGUUAAUGACAAUGCGCCACGGUUCCCCAGAAACGAAUACCGUUUGGAGAUCACUGAAUCAGCUUUGCCCAGUGCGCUUUUCCCAGUCGAGAGCGCACAGGAUCCAGACGUGGGUUCAAAUUCAGUCCGUAUUUACAGGCUCAGCCAGAAUGAGCAUUUCACCCUGGACUCAAACGCUCCUGUGGUGAACAGCAAAUUUAUCGAGCUUGUACUUAAGAAAGCAGUCGAUCGUGAGCAGAAGUCUCUUCACCAGUUAGUUUUAACAGCCGUUGAUGGAGGCACGCCUGCGAGAACUGGCACUGCCAACAUUGCAGUUCGUGUGUUAGACUCAAAUGACAACGUCCCGGUAUUUGAUAAAUCUGUUUACAAAGUUAAAUUAUUAGAAAAUGCACCCAGGGGCAUGCUGGUAAUCAAGCUGAAUGCGACCGAUCUAGACGAAGGCUCCAAUGGAGAGCUGCUUUAUUCUUUCAGUAGCUACACCCCAGGAAGAGUCAGGCAGAUUUUCAGCAUAGACCCAAGCACAGGAGAAAUAAGAGUUAAUGGCACUGUGGAUUAUGAGGAAACCAACUCUUAUGAGAUUUAUGUGCAAGCCAUGGAUAAGGGGGCAUCUGCAGUAGCAGUACAUUGCAAAGUAGUAGUGGAAAUUAUUGACGUUAAUGACAAUACCCCUGUGAUAGUGUUAUCCUCCCAUUCCACCCCAGUUCGUGAGGAUGUAAGGCCAGACACUGUGGUGGCUCUGGUCAGUGUGAGUGACAAAGAUUCUGGUGCAAAUAAACAGGUCACCCUUCAAAUACCUUCAGAUAUUCCAUUUAAAAUAAAAGCUUACAGGAAUUACUACACAUUAGUUACAGCUGGGUUUUUAGACAGAGAGAAGGCAACUGCCUACAAUAUAACAUUCACAGCUAUUGAUUCUGGGACCCCGUCUUUGUCAUCGCAGAAAACUGUUCUGGUGGAAGUUUCAGAUGUCAAUGACAAUCCUCCACUUUUUGAACAGACAUCCUAUUCAGUGUAUAUAGAUGAAAACAAUGCCCUAGGGUCUCCUUUAUGUACUGUGAAAGCAAUUGAUCCAGAUGUCAAUGAAAAUGCUAUUGUAUCAUACUCUAUCCUCGGUGCUAAUAUUCAGGACAUACCUGUCACCUCAUAUGUUUCAAUCAGCUCAGACACUGGUAUCAUCUAUGCUCUGUGUUCUUUUGACUAUGAAAAGCUGAGGGAGUUUCAGUUUGAAGUUAAAGCAAAGGAUGCUGGCAUUCCACCACUUAGCAGUGUUGCUACAGUUUAUGUGUAUGUUGUGGAUCAAAAUGACAAUGCACCUCAGAUCUUGUACCCCUCUUCAGGAAAUACAACAGAGAUGAUUCCAAAAACAGCAAAUGCAGGCUACCUGGUUACUAAAGUGAUUUCUCUUGAUGCAGAUUCUGGCCAAAAUGCAUGGUUAUUUUACCAUUUACUGCAGGCAACAGAUCCAACCCUUUUUAAAGUUAAUCAGCAUACCGGGGAAAUCAGGAUCACUCACAAAAUUGGAGAAGAGAAUUCCACGUCAUUUAAUUUAACAGUCCUAGUGAAGGAUAGCGGACAGCCAUCUCUGUCAGCCACAGCUACCAUACAUGUAGCUGUUGUAGACAGAGUAACAAGAAUUACUCCUGAUCCCAGAAGGCAUGUAAAAAGCUCUAAAAUCUACUCAGAUGUGACACUCUAUUUAAUCACUGCUCUGAGCACAAUCUGCUUUGUUUUUGUUUUGACCGUAAUUGUUUUGGCUGUCAUCCGAUGCCAUAGGUACAGUGCAACCUGCUGUUUAAGUCCUGGUUGCACGAGGGAGAGACACAGUGCUGAAAUGUACAAACAGGCCAACAAUAAUCUUGUAGUUCAGCGGGGCUUGAAGGUGCAGCCCCAUUUUAUAGAGGUGAAGGGAAACGGGUCCUUGUCUCAAACCUACUGCUACAAGGCCUGUCUUACUGCUGGCUCUGGAAGUGACACUUUUAUGUUUUACGAUACUGGCUACCCAGCUAGAGCUGGACCCAGCGAUGCAGCAUCUGACAGAUACCUGACAGGGAAAAGUGGGCAGAGCCCGGGUUCUGCUUCAAAUCGAAACAGUGUUUCGAAGGAGCCCAGGCAACCAAAUACAGACUGGCGUUAUUCUGCAUCUUUGAGAGCAGGAAUACAAAGCUCUGUGCUUAUGGAAGAAUCAGCAGUUUUGCAAGGUGCACCUGUGGUACAUGUACAGAACUGGCCUACAGUCUCCAGUGCAACACUUGAGCCCGAUGCUGGAGAGGUGUCCCCUCCUGUUGGAGCCGGAAUAAACAGCAACAGCUGGACCUUUAAGUAUGGACCCGGAAAUCAUCGUCAUCAGCAGCAGCAGCAGCACCAGCUGAAGCCAGGAGAGGUCCCGGAAAACUUCAUCAUCCCUGGCUCCCCUGCCAUCAUCUCUAUCCGACAGGACCAGGCUGGGGCUGUGGAUGGCAAGGGUGACUUCAUCACCUUUGGAAAGAAGGAGGAGACCAAGAAGAAAAAGAAGAAGAAGAAGGGGAAAGCUGAUAAGAAAGACAAAGGGAGUGGAAACAAUGACAAUAGCGACCAUUAAGAGGUGUCUUUAAAACAGAGUUACCAAUUCUUAUAUAUAUAUAUAUAUAUAUAUAUAUAUAUAUAUAAUAUAAU